AUGACAGUGAAUUUACCCCAACCGGGGCUCGAAAACGAUUACAGACUGGGAGCAGCGACCACCAAGGCUUUCCCGGUCUACAAGAACAACCCAAGAACAUAUGCCGGCGGCAGUUCCAAGGCGACCGCUAUCCCGGCUGUGUAUGACGACGAGUGCCAGAUGUACUACGUCCGCAUAGACGACAACUUGCAGUGGUCACCUCGCAAGGGUGACAUUGCCUGGAUCUCAAGCCUUUCGGGACAAGCGACCGCAACAAAAGCGCGUGUCGAGGAGCAGGCCGGCCCCUCCAGGAAGAGCCGCAAGCGAGGCAUCAGCCAAUCCGCCUCGGGCGACGACGAGGACGAUAAAGCGCAGCAGAAGUGUAUUGAUUAUAGCCGCAACGCCAAGAAGAAGCGCCUGUCGGCAGCAGACCCCGCUCGUGUCUAUGCAAAGUACCACGGGCCCCCGCCUCCGUGGACGAUUACCCAGGAAAACAGCGAGACCUGCAAGAUCGAGUACAACAAGGAAGGACGAAUCAUGCCAGGGAUAUAUCUGAGCGCCAAACAGAUCAAGGGCUACAUUGAGCAGAAUCCGCGCAAGGAUAUCACCCUGUGGCUGCAGAAUUUCCCUGCCCAAUGUAAGCAACGCACCCUGGGCGAUGUGCAAUGUCUGUGGCGCGAGUGCCCCAGCAGAAACCAGAAGAUUCGCCAGGGAUGGCAUCAGAUCACAUUUGACGAGUAUCCCGAGGAGACGACGAGCGGUGAGCUAGAUCCCUUUAGGGUGGCUGCGCACAUGCACCUGUGGUGCUUUGAGCAGUGCUUUGACCCGCUUCCCUUGUUAGAAGCCCAAGUCCUCAAGCCUGAUGCUCGCGUGCUUGAAAAGGAGGGGCGACAGCCAUUCUCAAUCACCCGUGACUACAAGAUGAUUGUGCAGGAGGCCAUCGAGCCAUGGCGCAAGACGCAUGCCGCUGACGGGCCAACCUACCUCCCUCGUCAUCACGAGCAGACCUUGGCUUACCAGCUUGUGCAAUACCAUCUGGAGAACCAAAUCACGGCGCGCUCGGAGCUCAGGGAGGUCCGCAACCUCAAGAAGCAAGACAAGGGCGCGCCCGCCCGGACCAUUGAGACGCACAAGGGGAGUUUGAUCGUGUACUGCGAGAAGGAGUUGUCUCCCUCGCGCAACGCCCAGACCCCAUACCCAAGGACCGGCGAUGAUGCCUUGCAGACCUUCCCACAAACGUGGCUCGCGGAUCCCCGGGGGCUGAUCAACUAUCACACGGAGGAGUUCAAUAUUGUGAAUGUGGACUAUAAAGCGGGUGCCGCCAGUAUGCCGGAUGACCUCACAGAGUUCUUCGGCCUAGGCGAGACGGACGCCAACACGACGGACGAGUUCAAUUUUGGUUCUACUGACUAUACAGCUGAUGUCGCCAAUAUGGCGGGUGACUCCACAAAGCUCCUCGGGCUAGAGGCCUGCCCCAAGACGGACGCCAACACGACAGAUGCCAACAUCCAUCUUUCGCUGCGUGAUGGCUGUGGCGGUCUUUGGGAUCAAGGCCAAGUGGUCCUGCCUCCUGACAGAUAUGAGCCGCUUCCUCAUCCGUAUGAGCCACCUGCUGACUGGUGUCCGCCGCUUCCAGGCCUAGACGAUGGCAGCGCGGCGCAUGCUGCCGACACUUUCAGCUUUGAACAAGCAGUCGAAACGGACCUGGCAGCUGCAACCUAUGGAUAA